GACGAGCGCGGUAACGUGAAGUUGUGUGACUUCGGCAUUAGCGGACGUCUAGUCGACUCGAAGGCUAAGACGAGGAGCGCCGGGUGCGCUGCGUAUAUGGCUCCUGAGAGAAUAGAUCCGCCGGACCCCAGUAGACCGGACUAUGAUAUUCGAGCAGACGUGUGGUCCCUCGGUAUAUCGCUAGUGGAGCUCGCCACCGGCGUCUUUCCAUAUAGAAACUGCCAAAAUGACUUUGAAGUGCUAACAAGGGUAAUAGCAGAUGAUCCACCUCAAUUGCCGGAUACGAGUGAUUUUACGUCAGAAUUCAAAUCUUUUGUAUCUCAAUGCCUUACAAAAAACUACCGCCAGCGUCCGAAGUACCCGAAGCUUCUAGAACAUCCGUUCGUAGUGAAAUCGUGUCGUAGCAACGUGUCCGUGGAGGAGUGGUACGCGACGUUGCCCAAGAGCGGCGCCCCUCCCUCGCCAGCC